AUGUCGGCCCCUCCUAAGAAACAUUUCAGUGGCAAGAGGCAGAAGAAGGUCAAGAAUGACCGUACUAAGGCCAAUGGCUUUGAUGAAGUCUUGCAGGCCGAUAUUGAUCAACUGAUCAAGAAGAACCGUCCCGAACCCGAACAAGACCAAACCAACGGCGAAAAGAGCGCUCCAGUCCCUCCACCUUCCCUCCCAGAGCCAUUCACCGAGAUUGAAGUGACAGUAUCCGAAAUCUCCUCGACUGGUGAUGGUCUGGCGCUAUCUGAGAACAAAGACCAUGUAUUCUUGGUACCAUUCACCGUGCCGGGAGACAAAGUCCGAGUUAAAGUGAUUCGGCACUUCCCAGCUUUCUCCUAUACCAUGACCGAUUUUCUCAGCGUCACUGAAGCAGGACCGAAGCGUGACGAUGCGCUUAUUGGCUGCAAGUAUUUCUCCAAGUGCUCUGGUUGCCAGUUGCAGAUGAUGUCUUAUGAGGACCAGCUGGCCCACAAACGUCGCAUCGUGGAGAAAGCCUACGCCAACUUCUCCGGGCUGAUCCCAGAACUUGUUCCUGCUAUUGGAGAGACAUUCCCAUCUCCAUUGACAUAUGGAUAUCGGACAAAGCUUACCCCGCAUUUUGCGCAAGGCGGUGCGAAGGGCAAGAACGCAGACGGAUCGGAGAAAGAGGUCAAUGUGCCACCCAUCGGCUUUACCUACAAGAACCGCAGGGCGGAUAUGGAUAUUGAGGACUGCCCCUUGGGAACAGACAUUGUGCGCCGUGGCCUCAAGAGCGAGAGGAAGCGAGUCGCCGAAAACAUUCGUUCUUACAAGAAGGGUGCAACGCUGCUUAUGCGCGAAUCAACCUACCGAAUCCCCAAAGAAGCCCCGGCAGCUGAUUCCGAAUCCGAAACCAAGGAAACCAAGGAAUCACCGUCAUGGUUAAUGCCAACCCCAGGCGCAGAUACCGGCGAUGUGAUCCGCGUCGAGCGUGAAAACUACAUUGAGGAGAAGCGAUGCAUUAACGAUAAUAAUGCCACAUCUGUCGAGUAUGUCGACGACUAUGCCUUCAGCAACAAGGCCGGAGGUUUUUUCCAGAACAACAACUCCAUUCUCUCGGGCUUCACCGAGUUCAUCCGCUCCCAAGCUAUCCCCUCUGGCAACGACCAAGAUCCUCGUCCUAUCAAAUACCUCCUCGAUGCCUACUCGGGUUCGGGUCUGUUCACCAUCACUCUGUCCCCGAUUUUCAAGUCUAGUCUCGGUGUUGAUGUCGCCGGUGACUCAAUCAUGUGUGCCCGUGACAACGCACGCGCAAACAACCUGCCCAGCACCGGCUUCGCCGCAGCAGACGCAGCCGUCUUGUUCAAGGACGUCCCAUACCCUGCCGACCAGACUUUGCUGGUCAUCGAUCCACCUCGCAAGGGCUGUUCAGAAGACUUUUUGCAACAGCUUCUCUCUUACAAGCCUCGCCGUGUUGUCUACGUGAGCUGCAACGUCCACACUCAGGCUCGCGAUGUUGCGGUCAUGGUGCAGGGAAAUGAGAAGCAAAAUGUCCGAUAUGAGAUUGAGAGCAUUCGUGGCUUUGAUUUCUUCCCUCAGACGGGCCAUGUUGAGGGUGUGGCUAUCUUGAACAGAACCGAGUUUCCCCAGAAGGAAGAAUCAGCAUGA